UGUUCGGUUGGUCGAUGGCAUAUUUAUUAGCUUUGUGAUGGAUUUUUCACCUGAGAAAUAGGUGCACCUAGUUCAUUUUGUCGCCAUGACUACAGAUAAAUCAGUGAAACAAGUAGGGCUAACAUUAACUGUUCGUCUCAUCCGAUCUUUUCAACAUAGAAAUAUCAAGCCAAUCGUUUUGCAAAAUGUUUCUGGAACAUUGACUGCCAGAGAGUUUAUGCGUUUGAUUGACAAAGAAAUUGAAGUUAAACCAGGUAUUCCUCCUCCUGUAAGAAAAUAUAAAUAUGAUACAUUGAAGAUAUUACACACGGCUCAUGGAUUCAAGUCUAACAAUUCAGUCAUUAACUUUGAAGAUGAUGAGAAAUUGAUAUUGAAAGAAGAUGUCAUCAUAGCAAAUAGUGGUGUUGGACAUGAAACUGAACUAUCAUAUUUCAAAUUAGAAGAUUAUCAAGCAUACAAGAGUGAUCCUGUGACAACAUGGUAGAAGAUUACAGACAACCAAAAUAACAGCCUUGCAAACGAAUUCACACACUCUAAACAUUCCUUAAUGUUGUACCCAUAAUACCAUGCAAAUUCUCUAGUACUGGUUCUCAUAGCCACUUGCAAUAAACAAAGGACUAUAAAAGUAACCUCUGUUCUUUGUGGAUAGCCAUUUCAUUCAUUCAGAUUUAGCCUAUAGUUCAAAUUAAGGUAGAAGCCUACUCAUAAAAUACCCAGAAUUUAUUCAUUUUGCGAUAAACUGUACUCCAAGGCA